AUGGGUUCUGCUGCUUCAAAGCCCGCCAAAUCAGCGGCUGGCGCAGCCUCACGGCGCCAAUACCCCAAGCAGCCGGCUCCCCCGCCAAGAGGACCGCGCAAAGCUCCAAAAGAAACCAAAGCAGCGUCUGCACCUACGCCUACUUCCGCGCCCAAACCCAACGCUGGUCCCUCGCCUCCUCAAACACCUGCACCUUCCUCCCAGGGCCCAAAAUACCACUCAAAGGAGAAAGCAUCCGACGUGAAGUCUGAUGCCAUCGACAUGGACGGCCGAGACCCCCAUUUCGCCGCCUCCCUCCGGUCAAUAGGCCCCGUCGAUCCAUCACCUACAUACUCAAACUCAAGCACUUUCAAUCGAGGCUCAAUGCAAACUGUCUUCCCACAAGCUUCUAACCCGGCACUACUGGUCGUCACUGCUCGACAACGCCUCACAGAGGCCGCGGAUAAAGAAGCUGAGCACUUCGGUCAUGCGGGUCAUCCGGGGAGAUCGUUCCUGGAUGCCGUGACUAUCCAACAGGUGUUGACGAUGCGGGAUAAGCAGGGUAAGCGCCGUGGAGAUAUUGAACGGUUCCUCGGGUUGAAGAAGGGGGUCUUGGAUCGGUUAGGGAAGGAUGGGGUUGUCUCGCGUAUCACAUGA